AUGCGAUCCCCUUUGCGUAUUGCUAUUCUUGAGUGCGAUGAGCUGUUCGGAGAAGCCAAGCAAGAAUUCAUUAGUUUAGGCGAUUUCUGUGCAAAGUUCCUUGAGACUGGUGCCUCGAAACUUACGAAGGACGGCCUUUAUGAACGACCCAACCUCGAAUUCUCUUACUAUGAUGUGGUGAAGAAGCAAGAAUAUCCGAACGUUGAGCAAAUCGACGCAAUAUUUGUGACAGGGGGCGGCUUGAAUGAUUGGAUAUUAAAACUCACCGAUUUCAUCAAGUCAAUUUUACAAGGGCAGUCCCGGGUUCGGGUAAUGGCUGUGUGCUUUGGGCAUCAGAUCGUCGGACGUGCAUAUGGAGUGAUGCCAGAAAGGAGUGGUGUCGGUUGGGAAGUUUCUGUCACGCCGAUGACUCUAACAGAGACCGGAAAAAAAGUCUUUGGAUGUGAUUCACUGGCCCUUCAUCAAAUGCAUCGCGACGCCGUUCCACGCUAUCCACGGUUUGUUGAGAAGCUUGGACACUCAGAUCUUUGUGAAGUGCAGGGUAUAUAUGUCAAAAAUCGUGUUAUUAGUUUGCAAGGGCAUCCAGAGUACAAUCCGAAGUUUGCAAAUAUAUUGCUGGAUCGAAGACGCGGAUCAUUACUGACUGAAAUUGCAUGGCAAGACGCAAAGAAUCGAGUCAAUAAUCCGCAUGAUGGAGUGAGCGUUGCGGUUAGCUUCAUUAAAUUCCUGUUGGAGGACUUCAAAUGA